AUGGCGGACCUUCCCAAGGAGCGCUUGGAAGGAUCUCACGCUGUUGAGAUUACUGGUAUAGACUUCUGUGGACCCUUCUUUUACAAGUCGGAUACUUGCAACAAGCCCGCGGUUAAAUGCUACGUCUGCGUAUUUAUAUGCUUUGCAACCAAGGCACUGCACCUGGAGCUGAUCAAGGAUCUCUCGACAGUUCCGUUUCUGUGCGGACUCAAGAGGUUCAUAUGCACCCGGCGGAAGCCCAAGCAAAUUUGGUCAGACAACGCCACCGACUUUGUCGGCGCCAAAAAUGAACUUCCGGAACUUCGAAGGUUAUUUCUCAGCAGCGAGCUGAGCUCCGUUCAGAACUUUUGCCUUUCGGAGACGAUUGACUGGCGGUUCAUCGCUCCACGGUCGCCCCAUUUCGGUGGACUUUGGGAAGCAGCGGUGAAAACGGCCAAGCAUCAUUUCUACCGCGCUGUGUGUACGGCGGUUCUGACCUUCGACGAGCUGAGGACGCUGGUAUCAGGAAUUUCUCGAGUCUACACAGCAGAUGCAACGUCAUUUAGAAGUGUGGUUCGUAACUUGACUGCCCAGAAUUGCCAGUUUUGGCAUCAUCAACUCCGUGAGGAAAAACUAAAUGGGCUGGUGCUGAAGAACAUACACUCAACUGUCCCAAGAGAAGAAAUAGAGCGCUGCUCCACAGACAAAGGCUUUGUUGUACUGAACAUCUACUCCCCAAGGAAGCCUGGCUGGAAUGAAAUCUUUGCUGGGGCCAUCGACGACGAAGAAGCCAUUAAUGCACAAACUAGACAAAAUCUGUUCUUUGUGAAUCUUAAGCCGACUCCGAAUGUGGCCGAGACUCUAAAAACUCCGGUCCGACUGCGCGGCCGCGUCGCGGACUCUCCUCAUUUAUCCUCGCGUACGUACGGCUCCUAG